UUGAGUUUGGAUUUAUCUAGUUUGGCGCUGGCGCGAUUUCUGACUUUCUCGGAUUCUUGUCAAUGGCAGAGACAUUUUUCUAUUGACAAAUUUCACGAAUUUAAUAAGACAAAAUGAUGGCCACAUCAAUGGUUACCGAAGAUGAACUCGUGCAGGAGUUUGAAGACUUUGACAUCGAACUAACCGAUCCUGAUGUUGUUGAUAAAUUGAAGGAGCUUUGUAUGGUGUAUCGAAUGGACUGCUCCAGUAUCGUGUCUGAGUGGGUCGCUUACUCAAUCAGUAGGAGCAACCAAAAGAUGACGACUGAUAGUUUGGAAGAAAUGGAACAAGAUAGGAUAAGCAAGAAAAAGAAGAAAGUUGCCAAGACACCAACAAUGAAAAGUCCAGCUGUCUUCACUUCUGACCGAGUGAAUGAAGAAACUGACGAUCUACUCAGUGCUUACACCCCUGCUGGAAAGAGUAAACACAAGCGUCUUCACACUACGCCCGAGAAUCCAGCCAAUAAGAGACUGCAGGGGGUACAUCGCCAUGGUAGCGUGCCGUUCUCACCAGCUAGCUUCUCUCCUCCAGCUGUUGCGACCCCGUCUCACAAGUAUGGCAGCCGAACCAACAGACGUGAGGUGGUUGCAAGCUACGGUCCGACUGACAGCAUAACUUGGAAGGGCACUAAUGCACAGACGUGUUCGGUCCAGCAUUACGACACGGAGGGCGCCCUCAAGAAGAAAUAUAAAAACAUGUUCCAGAAAUUCACCGACAAAGCCAGUGUGCUGAAUGAUAUGAUAGAGAAUAUGGCCCAACAAUUUCAAGACAAACAUGGAAUAGAGAACUUCUCUCAUGUGGCCCUCCCCAUCCAGGAGCCAGUGACUGCUGUAGGUCGUGUUUGCUGCGAUACCAGCACCGGUCGUCUCAAUGCACAGUCUGUUCUCUUGGAGGGAUCCGUGGACACGUCGUCUGGCAAGCAGGUCAUGCUAAGUCUGUCAGAUAUCAAAGAAUUCUCCCUGUUUCCUGGUCAGAUUAUUGCUUCAGAUGGCAUCAACAGUAAAGGAGUCAAGUUGGUAGCUUCCAAGAUCUAUGAGAGCGUUCCCCUGCCACUAUGCCAGUCUGAAGAUAACUCAUUAUCAGAUCAUGGUCCGUUACAUGUCAUGGUCGCUGGUGGUCCAUUCACGACAUCAGACACACUCAGCUAUGAGCCUCUAGAUGACUUGAUACGAGUCAUGGUACAAGACAUGCCCGAUGUCUGUAUUCUGUUUGGGCCAUUUGUUGACGCCAACCAUGCAGAAAUAAAGGAUUACACCCAAGAUCCGGAAGAUCUCUUCAAGAUGCAAAUGAGGAAACUUGCGGAAGCCACAAAACAGAUCGGAACCCAGCUGGUGAUUGUUCCGUCUCUACGUGACGUCCAUCAUGAUUUCAUCUAUCCUCAACCACCCUUCCCGAUACCAGACAAUCUUCCUGAUAAGGAUAGAUUACACUUCAUGUCUGACCCUUGCACGCUAACCAUCAACGGCAUCGUGUUUGGACUGACUUCAAGUGAUAUCCUGUUUCAUCUUGGAAGCGAGGAAAUCUCACAUCCACCAGGUUCAUCAGAUCGUCUGCGACGUUUAACCAAACACAUCCUCACUCAACAGAACUACUACCCCCUCUAUCCUCCUCCUGAGUGCAUGCCGAUUGACUAUGAACACUAUGAGCAAUAUGCUCAGAUGGAUGUGACUCCAGACGUCUUCAUUAGUCCCUCAGACCUCAGGUGGUUUAUCAAGGAGGCCUGUGGAUGUCUGAGUAUCAACCCAGGGCGUCUGACACGAGGUCAAGUCGGUGGCACCUAUGCAAAGCUUGUCAUCACACCAUCACAAGACUCCAAGACUGCAGGAGUGACUGUACGCUCUGCUGCGCAAAUACUCAGGAUUUAGAUUUCAGUUUUUAGCGGGAUGAAUUUGAGUUAAGAACUGUCUUAAUUUUAGUAAAACAAAAGUGAUUUACUAUUCAAACAAAAGGAUACCUUGCAAGCUGCAUACUUCAUUCACUUUUUAGUUUGGUUAUAACUUUCCAAAGACGAAGUUUCCAAUGUGCCAAUGUUGAGUCAGAUGUCACUAUAGUUAUAGUUCUCAAUCUUGAUGAAUACUGUUCAAGCCAGUGAGAAUCAAAGACAAAUCCGAUAGUUUUAAGCCACCUCUCUGUUAUAAGCCGAAUUGAUAUUUCACUUGUGUAUGCGCAACUGUCAUGAACUCUGCAUUUUAUUGUCAGUAAAUAAAACACGUCACGCAGACCUAGUCGAAUAGACGGCAAGCUUACAGAA